AUGAAUUAUGGUAACUACACGUAUGAUGAUUCAAAGAGAACUUUAGAUUCUGCAUUUAGUAAUUUGUCAUUCCAUAAAAAUGAGAAGAACAACAACAACAAUACCAAUGACAAUAAUACAGGAAUAAUAAAUAACGAAAAUAUAGCAUUAAGUAAUCAUUCUUCUCAUAUUAACAUUAAUAAUGAUGUAGUUAAAACUAGCCAUAAUAAAAAUAACAACAGGUCUAUUAACACUGAUGAUAAAAUUAAAAUAAUAUCUGUACCAUCAAACACAUUUUCGUAUUUAAACACCACUUCUACUACGGAUACUGCUAUUACAACGACUACUAAUGAUAAUAGGAAUAAUAGUAAUAGUGGUAAUGAUGCUAACAAUCCAUAUAGUCCUUCUAUCACACACAAUAAUAAGGAUAGAAACGCUAUCGAGAAUGAUACAGUAAAUUCUUUGAAAAUAGAUUUACAAAUAAAAGAAAGUCAAAUACAAGCAUUGAAAAAUGAAAUUCAACUCUAUAAAAAAUUGAUUAAUGAUGAUUUAAAAUCCUAUCAGGGAACGAAUAAACUCAACAAUAAUAAUAAUCUCAAUGGUUAUUCUAAUAACUCUCUUCUGGAUUCUAUUGAAGAAGAUGAAAAUGACGAAGAUACUUUAAAUAAAAUAAUAAUACCUGAAAGUGUAGAAACUAUCUUAUACACUCUUUCUACAAAACUGAAAGAGACACAAGAAAAAUUGAAAAUUACAGAAGAUCACCUAGAAAGUGUUCUAUGUGCUAUUGCAUUAAACCCAAGUAAUUCAAUAACUAAGGAUGGUAGGUAUGAUAUCGAAACAAUCGCCCAUAAAAUGAUUGUACGAUUAGAGAUCUUGACUAAAGAGAAUAAAGAAAUGGCUAAGAUGUUGUCAUAUGGCAAAUCUAAAGAAAUUAGUAUCGAAUUAAAUUUGGCUAGAAGAGAAAACGCUGAACUAAAGGAAAAAAUAAAAGUAUUGGAAGAUAAAAUCAGUUCAUUAUCACAUAAAUAA